GCUGCAUACAAUAGCAAGGCUGCGGCUGGGGCCGAAGGUACGGCCGCACGGUGGGCGCCCCUCACCGCUCGCCCACACCCUCCCGUCCCACUUCACCCUCAGGCUGCACGGGGUCCCCUCCGCGAUCACCGGCCCUUCGCAGUCGCGUCUGCCCCCCUCAGAGCCCGCGCUCGCCACAGUCUCCUCCGAGAACGCUCCCCUCAGCGAGCGCACCCCGCCCCCUCGCAGUCGCGGCGCGCCUCCUGCUCCCCGCGGCCCGCAGCGGCCCGCCCUCCGGACCCCGGGCCUGAGGGAACCCGGCGGGAGCGGUGUGAGGAGAACGCGGGGCGGCCGCCCGCGCACACUCCCGCGCUCUCUCCGGGCUCGGCCGCCGCCAGGAGGAGGAGGAGGAGGAGGAGCAGGAGCGGAGCGAGCGCAGAAGUAGCCUCUGCUGGUGGUGGUGACAAUGUCAAAUAACGGCUUAGACAUCCAGGACAAACCCCCAGCCCCUCCCAUGAGAAACACCAGCACUAUGAUUGGAGCUGGCAGCAAAGACACUGGGACCCUGAACCACGGCUCCAAACCUCUGCCUCCAAACCCAGAGGAGAAGAAAAAGAAGGACCGAUUUUACCGAUCCAUCUUACCUGGAGAUAAAACAAAUAAAAAGAAGGAGAAGGAGCGGCCAGAGAUUUCUCUUCCUUCAGAUUUUGAGCAUACCAUUCAUGUUGGUUUUGAUGCUGUCACAGGGGAGUUUACGGGGAUGCCAGAACAGUGGGCCCGCUUGCUUCAAACAUCAAAUAUCACCAAGUCAGAGCAGAAGAAAAACCCACAGGCUGUUCUGGAUGUGUUGGAAUUUUAUAACUCUAAGAAGACCUCCAAUAGUCAGAAGUACAUGAGUUUUACAGAUAAGUCAGCUGAAGAUUAUAAUUCUUCUAACACUUUGAAUGUGAAGACUGUGUCUGAGACCCCAGCAGUGCCACCAGUGUCAGAAGAUGAAGAUGAUGAUGAUGAUGCUACUCCACCUCCGGUGAUUGCUCCACGCCCAGAACACACAAAAUCUGUAUAUACACGAUCUGUGAUUGAACCACUUCCUGUUACUCCAACUCGGGAUGUGGCUACAUCUCCCAUUUCACCUACUGAGAAUAACACCGCUCCACCAGAUGCUUUGACCCGGAAUACUGAAAAGCAGAAGAAGAAGCCUAAAAUGUCUGAUGAGGAGAUCUUGGAGAAAUUACGGAGCAUAGUGAGUGUGGGCGAUCCUAAGAAGAAGUAUACACGGUUUGAGAAGAUUGGACAAGGUGCUUCAGGCACAGUGUAUACUGCAAUGGACGUAGCCACAGGGCAGGAGGUGGCCAUUAAACAGAUGAAUCUUCAGCAGCAGCCGAAGAAAGAGCUGAUUAUUAAUGAGAUCCUGGUCAUGAGGGAAAACAAAAACCCAAAUAUUGUGAACUAUCUGGACAGUUACCUUGUGGGAGAUGAGCUAUGGGUUGUCAUGGAAUACUUGGCUGGAGGCUCUUUGACAGAUGUGGUGACAGAAACCUGUAUGGAUGAAGGCCAGAUAGCAGCUGUAUGCCGAGAGUGUCUACAAGCUUUGGAGUUCCUACAUUCAAACCAAGUCAUUCACAGAGACAUCAAGAGUGACAACAUUCUGCUGGGAAUGGAUGGCUCCGUCAAGUUAACUGACUUUGGAUUCUGUGCACAGAUAACUCCAGAGCAGAGCAAAAGGAGCACCAUGGUGGGAACUCCGUAUUGGAUGGCACCUGAAGUUGUAACACGGAAGGCGUAUGGACCCAAGGUUGACAUCUGGUCCCUGGGUAUCAUGGCAAUUGAAAUGAUUGAGGGGGAGCCCCCAUACCUGAAUGAAAACCCCUUGAGAGCCUUGUACCUCAUUGCCACCAAUGGGACCCCAGAGCUUCAGAACCCAGAGAAGCUGUCGGCUAUUUUCCGGGACUUUCUGAACCGCUGUCUUGAGAUGGAUGUGGAGAAGAGAGGUUCAGCUAAAGAGCUACUGCAGCAUCAAUUCCUGAAGAUUGCCAAGCCCCUCUCCAGUCUCACUCCACUGAUUGCGGCAGCAAAGGAGGCAACCAAGAACAGUCACUGAAACCACACUCACCCCAGCAUCAUCGUGCCAAGCCUUCUAGGAAAGAAACUCUUGUUUCGGGAACUCCCGCCCCUCAUGUCCUCCUCUCCUGGCUUUGCUUCUCCCAUUUCCUG